AUGCCUGGAGAAGAGUUCGAAAUUCGUCUCCGCCCAGAUGCCACCCCGCUGGCCAUCUCAGCACCCCGCCGGGUGCCGUUCGCUCUGCAAGAACCCCUACUCAAGGAGGUGCAGAAGCUGGAGGCGGACGACAUAAUCACGCCGGUGACUGAGCCCACUUCCUGGUGCGCGCCGAUCGUAGUCAGCGAAAAGAAAAACGGCGCCGGCGUGCGUCUCUGCGUGGACCUGUCGCAGCUGAAUAACUCUGUCCAGAGAGAGUUGUAUCAGUCGUCCACACCGCUUGAAUGCGUCACCUCCAUCGCGUCAGAGGAAGCACGCUUCUUCGCCGUCUUUGACGCUCUGAAGGGCUACCACCAGUGCCCGCUGAAGCCGUAG